GGAGAGCCUCGCAACAGCGCGCCUUUGCAGUGCCAAGAACUCGCAACCGAGACCAAUCGGGCUGCGCGCGCGGUCCAUUCAAGGCCCACGCGCACCCCCAAGCCGCAAAGAGGCUGCCCAGGAUGACCAUGGCCAUCGCCGUGCCCACGGCCACCGCAAUCGACGAGCUGAGCGUCGGCCGCGGCGAGUUAGUACGGGACGAGGCGCCGUCGCCGGCGUCGCGGCGCAGCCAGGGCACGACGCGGAGCGGCCGGUCCGUGGCCUCGAUCCCGUCGAAGUUCCCGACGGCCGUCCCCGUCGCGGCCGUCGGCCCCGAUUUGGGGUUUGGGUCCACGGCUAUUCGAGGCUGGGUCGCGUCCACUUCUGAUCCGACGCCGGGCCCCUACCAGCCGGUCACGACGCUGAUCCACCGGGGCGGCUCGGUGUCGUGCAAGGGCUCGGGCGGCUUCUGCAGCGGGACGGUGAGGCCGACCUUCGCGCCGCGGCACCUGCGCGAGACGCCGGCGCCGGGCUUCUGUGGCGUCGCGGAGGCGGCUCCACCGCCCGAGAAGGUUGAGAGGGAAACCGGCAACUUCAUCAAGCCGACGGUCGAGCGGGGUCGUGUUGAUGCGGCCUUCGGGCGGGACGAAAAAGUGCCUGGUCCAGGUCAAUACGUCACGACCGCGGCCAGAAAUAUCACGAACUACCGCGCGGCCUUCUCCAGUACAAGUAGCCGCCACAAGUACCAGUCCUUCGGGCCGGCGCCGGGCGCCUACGACCCCUCGUGGAGGGCCUACGACGCGCACGGCCGCGAUCUGGCGCCAAAAUGGUCGCGGAGCCACACGAAGCGCGGGAAUGCUCCGGCGCCGUCCUACGAGUCGAGCGUCGACCGCGCGUACCUGAAAGCGCUGGCGAUCCCGGGCAACGAAAUCGUGGUCCCGCCGACGCACGUCGCGUUAAAAUACGAAAACAUGCGACAGGCGCAGCGCAAGCAGCCCGGUCCCGAGUACGACGCGAUCGCGGGUUUCAACGCGUCGCGCCUCGACCAGGCGAAGGCGACGCGCGCGGCCUGGAAGCACACGCUCGGCGCGGACCGCUGGGGCCGCUCGCAAGGUAGAAUAACGCACACGCCGACGCCGGGCCCGGGCUGGUACGACGUUGGAGGCACCGCGGCGCGGUCCCGGCGGCGGACGGCCCUGUCGUCAUCCUUCGUGUCGAAAACCGAGCGCAAGUUCCUGCCCAAGGGCUCGGACGCGCCGGGGCCCGCGUACUACGCGCCGAGGAGGAAUCGCGAUUCGUCUUUCGUCCUCAACGACACGGGGCGCUGGGUCUAAUUUGUCUUACUCUCC